ACAAAGUGACUCUUAAUUGAUGUAACUUGAUGAAAUUCCGUACUUAAGAUACUUAAUCUGUUGAUAAAAUUCACUUAAUCCAUUGUCUUGACAGCUUAUCCCAAAUUAAUUAAUUUUUUAAUUUUACUUUUGUUCUCUUUACGUUUUCAACAACAAAUUGGGUUUUUACUUUGUUGUUCCCCUUUUUGCAACAAAUUCAAAUUUAUUUAUACCGUUAAUUUUAUGAUCUAUGUACUAUGUUUUAAUUCUACUUUGGAGCUAUAAAAUAAGUAUCUUCUUCAGUUUUAACUGCAUUUCUCAGCACAUCCUUUUUGAUAUUUCCAUCUGUAACCUUAUCAUCUCUUAAUGUUAGCUGAUAAUUUUCGAGGACAGUGUAAAGUGGUUCAACAUUUUCAGUAUUUAUGUUGUGGAUCUUGCUCGCAAAUUCUAUUGAAUCCUCAAGAACCUUUACUGCUUCCCUGAAAUUAAUUAACUGAUUCAUAAUGUAUCUAAAACAUCAAUAAUAAUCAUCUUACUUCCUCUCGAGAUCCACAAGACUUAAUUUUUCUAAUAAAAAUAUUUCAUUUUCAGUGAUUUUUAUUCUUUCAGUUUUCUCACUAAAUUGGGACUUUACAGUUUCCUGUGGAACUUUCGUCUUAAACUUUAUCUCCUUCCAAUCAAAUAUUUUUUUUUUAGAACUACAGAAAGUCCUUAAUUGAAUUAAAUUUUUAAGAUUUCUUGUCAACAUACUUUUCAACGCAAUUCUAAUCCGAAAAAAAUAUAAUCCGACAUUGUUUACAACAACAACAACAAUAAUAAUGUUGCGGAAAAUUUGUGUGAGAAAAUAUUCGAUUUUAAUUAAUGAUUUUGAGCCUCACAGUGUUAUAUCUGUGAUUCAAUCGUCAAAAAAGGAUUUGAAGAAAGCGAAAAGUUUAAAAGUAAGGAAUGACAUUAAAGAGAAUGAAGAGAAAAAGGCUCAAAACAAUGUCAAUGAAAUGGGAAUUCAGAUGAUCAAUGAACAGUUAAGCCGGCAAAUUUUUGGGAACAUUCAAAAGCCUGUAUUUGAUGCUGAAGUCAUUGAAAAGUAUCGGAAAGAGCUAGUAAGUCAUGGAAUAACUAAUUUGGAGACUCCAAUACUUCCAGAUGUCGAUUUAAAGCUUCCAAAGCUGAUGGGAAGUAACAUCCAGGAGCACUUUUACAAUAUAGCAAAAAAUCAAGUACAGGAUUAUGAGAAUCUGAUCAAAAAUAUCCUAUCAGCUCAAGUACCUCAAAAGCCAAAAAAAUGGAUUUUUGUAGCUGGCUGGACAUGCUAUGAUGUCGAGAAAGGAACGUCAUAUUCAGUCCCUUAUCCUCAGGAAGAUAUUUUAAUUUUUGAUGUUGAAGUAUGUAUGAAUGCAGGAAGUUUUCCUGUUAUGGCUACAGCUGUUGGACCUAAACAUUGGUAUUCGUGGACUAAUAAAAAACUUAUAAACCUUCCAAAAUCUGACACAAAAUCAAAGAAACUCACUCCAGAUGAUUUGAUUCCUAUGGAAUCAACAAUUGAAGAUACAGGAAUAAAUCUAUGUGAUCGAUUAAAGAAGCCACGACUAGUUAUUGGACAUAAUGUUUCCUUUGAUCGUGCACGAAUAAAGGAACAAUAUUGGCUAGAAAGCACAGGAACUAGAUUUCUUGAUACAAUGGCUCUUCAUGUGUGCGUUAGUGGAGUUACAAGUUAUCAACGAGCUAUGAUGAAGGCACACAAAGAGUUAUCAGAAGAGGAUCAAAAUUGGGGAAGUUUAACAUCACUAAACAGCCUUAAAGAAGUUCAUAAAUUAUAUUGCAAAAAGGAAGAAACUUUAGAUAAAGAAAUAAGAAACAUAUUUAUGGAAGGUAGCUUAAAAGACAUUCGAAAUGACUUUCAGAAUUUAAUGACUUACUGUGCCAAUGAUGUUAUAGCAACGAAUGAAGUAGUUAAACAGCUUUAUCCACUUUUCGAUCAAAGAUUUCCACAUCCAGCAACUCUAGCAGGCAUGUUUGAAUUAGGAUUAGCUUACUUGCCAAUCAACAGUAACUGGAAUCGAUAUAUAAAUGAAGCAAAUUUAGCAUAUGAAGAUUUAGACAUUGAAUCCAAAGCAUUACUAUCCCAAAGAGCAGAUCAUGCUUGCAGACUUAAACAUAAUGAAGAGUACAAAAAUCAUUUAUGGAUGUGGGAUCAAGAUUGGACAGAGCAAGAACUAAAAUUUAAGAAAGCAAAAUCUAAAGCCGAUAAUGAUAUUAUUGAAGACAUGCAGAACAAAGAUAAAGAAUUUCAAAAUUUAAGUAGGAAGUUUCAAAAAAUCAUACAAAAAAAAGUUCUAUUACCUGCUCGAAGACCUCUACUUCCUGGAUAUCCGCUUUGGUAUCGAAAUUUGUGUGUUAAGGAUAAUGGAUCAAACGACUGGACCCCAGGAGUUUCAGAAUUAGGAACAGGAAUGCAAAUUGCUCCUAAAUUACUGUCCCUCUGUUGGGAAGGAUUUCCUUUACAUUUUAUAAGAGGUGAAGGCUGGGGAUUUUUGAUGCCUAUUAAAAGUCAACGAGAAGAAGGCGAUACAGGAAAGAUUCCACUUGAAGCAUUAGUCAAGAAAUGUCCACUUCGAAUAGAUAAUAAGGCAGCAAAUGAAAAUGAAAGUUGUGAAGCUAUGUCCAAUUUGUGGACAGACGUUGAGAAGAAUUUAAGUAAAAAGUCUUAUUACAGUAAGAAAGGCAAGAAGUAUGAGUCGUCAAAAGUUGAUGAUAGAUAUUGUGGAUCAGGAGUUUGGUGUAAUUUGGAACUGGAAAAUUGUUGUUGGUUCUUUAAACUUCCUCAUAAAGAUGGAAAAUCCAAGAAUGUUGGAAAUCCUUUAGCUAAGGAUUUUAUUAAUAAAUUUUCUGAGAAUGUGCUGACUGGUGAAGGUCAUAUUGCAGAAAGAAUAAUAGAAAUAGCACGAAUGCUUUCAUAUUGGAGAAAUAAUCGAGACAGAAUUAUGGGACAAAUAAAAGUAUGGCUGCCAACUUCAUCACUUCCAAAACAUUUAGCAACAAAGGAGAUGGAAUAUGGUGCUAUUAUUCCUCAAGUAGUAGUUUGUGGAACAUUAACGAGACGUGCGAUGGAACCAACUUGGAUGACAGCAAGUAAUUCUAAAGUUGAAAGAGUAGGUUCAGAACUUCGUGGAAUGGUACAAGCUCCUGAAAACUACAAAAUUGUUGGUGCUGACGUGGAUUCUCAGGAAUUAUGGAUUGCUUCUUUAUUAGGAGAUACAAAUCGAAAGAUUCACGGCUCAACAGCUUUUGGAUGGAUGACUUUAAGUGGAACAAAAUCUAAUGGAACUGACUUGCAUACAAUUACUGCAAAAGCUGUAGGAAUUUCAAGAGAUCAUGCCAAAGUAAUUAAUUAUGCUCGAAUUUAUGGUGCAGGACAAAAUUUUGCACAAACACUUUUAAAGCAGUUCAAUCCAUCAAUAUCUGAUAAUGAGGCAAAGUCUAAAGCCAUGAAAAUGUUUGCACUGACAAAAGGCAAUAAAGUUUUUUAUCCAUUAAAAGAUUAUGAGGAAGAAUAUUCAACAGUUAAAGGAUUUUCACAAUUUGAAGCUAUGCGAAUUGCUUCUAAUUAUUCCAAAAAUGUUCUUGAAAUGUUCUCAAAAUCUCAAUGGCACGGAGGAAGUGAGAGUGCCAUGUUCAACAAAUUAGAAGAGAUUGCUGAAAGUAGUCUGCCUGUAACUCCAUUCCUUCAAUGUAGAUUAAGUCGUGCCUUAGAACCUCAAUCAGGAAUUGAUGAUAGAUUUUUACCUACUCGAAUAAACUGGGUUGUUCAAUCUGGUGCUGUAGAUUUCCUUCAUUUAAUGCUGGUAUCUAUGCGAUGGAUUAUGGGCGAUAAAAUAAAGUUUUGUCUAAGUUUUCAUGAUGAAGUCCGUUACAUUGUUAAAGAUGAGGAUGCUGAUAAAACAGCACUUGCCAUGCAUGUCACGAAUCUUCUUACACGAUCAUUUUGUGUAUCAAAACUUGGAUUCUGUGACUUGCCACAAUCAAUAGCUUUUUUCACGUCCGUUGAAAUUGAUAAAAUUCUUAGAAAGGAAGCUGAAAAUGACUGCAAAACGCCAUCAAAUCUACAUGGAUUUACUAAUGGCUACUCAAUUAAUUACGGCGAGUCUGUUGAUAUUUAUGAAGCCGUAAAAAGAGUAGGAAAUGAUAUGACAAAGUGGAAAGUAUAGAUUUGUAGUAUUAUUUAAAUACAUUUUUAUUUUAAAAAUAAUAAAAGGUAAUUUCACUGCCUAGUCCAGCUGUAUGUCUUAAAGAAGGUUCAAACAUUUAAAAGCUCUUUAACUAAGUCUGGAAGUGGCUGUAAAUCAGUUGGAAAUUCAUAAUAUUUUGGAGCUUUUCUUAGUAACAGUUCAUCAUGUUCCUUCCAGAAUUUCUCUUUAAUUAAGUCAUCAUAAAUAGGAAUCGCAAUUUUUCUCGUCCUACUUUCGUCAAUUUUAAUCUGUUUUGUUAGUAAAAUAGUUCCUUUUCUAUACAUUGCAGGUAAUUUGUUGUAAUUAAUUCCAAAUUCACUAAACAGCAACUCAUUUUUAUCACUUGAGACUGUUCCUCGAAGCUUUUCUUCUGCUUCCACAUUUGUUAAUCCUUUUUUAAGCACCAAGUUCCAAAAACAUGUAUUAUAAAGAUUAUUAAUAUGAACAUCAGCUUGUCUCCAGCUCAAAUAGUCUUUCAAGUUUUCUGUUGUUGGAUAUAACACAUAUCUAGCAUCAAAACACGGGGGAUAUUGAAGUUUUUGAUCACCAAACCAUCGGUUCCAGUAAAAUACAAAAGAUGAGGUAAAGAGGCUGUUAACAUUCGAUACAAUUUUUGAUGCUCGUCUGUUGUAGACGUUUGCUGUUCGAUGAAACACAAAAGAGUAUUCAUCACUCUGUCCAUAAGCUAUAAUUAUUUCAUUAAAUUCUUUCAUAACACAUCCUGCAGCAAAGUUCAUAAGAUUCAAGCUCCUUAUGUCAUUAGGCUUCUCAAAAUUAUGUGUAUUAGCAAAUUUAUGAAAGUUCUUCCCGUCGAUUCUUACAACAAUCCAGCAAUUUUGUAAAAUUUUAUCAUCUGCCUCAAAUGACUGCAAAAUACUCGAAUUUACUCUUUGCCAUCACUGUCCUAUGAAAUUUUCGACUUGAUUGAAUUAAAAUGUAUUUUAGAGUACGCAGCAACAUGUGUAGGUAAACAAAUCAAUGCAAAAACACUAAUUUUGAAUUUUUUAUGAUCGUUAUUAUUCGAUUCUCAGGUUUUAAAGCAGCAUAAAUAUUGAGUAUAAUUUUAUAAGAUUUAUUAAUAUAAUAGGCAUAAAUAUAAUUAUAGUGGAUUAAUAAAAAUUUAACGUUCAGCUAAUUGUUUGAGUUGUUUGAGAACUGUUUCUAAUAAUUUCUUCUUGUCUCUUUCAGACUUUUUCAGAACAGUGAACAUAUUCUUCUUCUCAGCUUCUCGGAUUUUCUCAAUCAACACGAUUAUUGUCGAUGGUUCGACUAAUGAAUAACGAUUUUCAGCCUUUCCAUAAUCAUGCAAAUAAACCGACCAUUCCUCCAAGAUUAAUAAAUCAAGUAAUUGUCGAACUUGUGCGAAAUAUUUUGACAGCUCAUUUUCUUUGAGUCCAGGAACUGGGUCACUUGCUGCAAAGAAUUCACAUUGCAUUAAAUCCAAGCUGAUUUGUUGUAUUGCACCAAUUGUGACUUGUUUCACAUCUUCACUUAAUAAUAGCUUAUAAAUUGCAUUUGCAAUAUGUUCACAAGCCUUUCUGCAAGCAAUUAAAGCGACAUUCGGUAAAAUGAAUGAAAAACUGUGAAAAGUGCUCUGUAGGAAUGAAAUCAAAUCAGAUAUGAAGGGUGAAGCAUGUCCAAUUGAUUCUGUCAAUAACCAGUCAUAGCUUUCAAGUUCUUCAAAGAAUUCGUCCAAUUUUGAGCACAAUUUGAUCGAUACUUGUUGUUCUGCUUCCGCUCGAGCGACCUAAAUAAGUUUUAUUGAUAUUAAUAUACAGUUUAUAAUUUAAAAUUGGUGACUUUGUUACCUGAAACAUGGCCAUUGAAGGUGCUUGCUGAUUUUGAGUUCCUGUCAUUUUGCAGACAAAUUCAUCCAAAAAUGGACCAGCUUUUUCCAAAUAUUGAGUGUCAAUGAUGAUUUGAAUGACUUGUUGCAAAGCUAAACUUGAUCCAGGAGAUUUAAAGACUAAAGAAAGACACCCUGAAAAGCUUCUUGUAAGUAAUAAAUUAGCAGCUUUCCUGACCAUUGUAGCGACCUCGUUAGGUGAUAAAGUUAAUUCCUCACUGAAUUUCAUGCAUGAAAACAUAAAUUCCAUAGCUUGUUGAUAGACUUCAGGCACCAUUCUUGAGAAUGGAAAUUUCUUUGGAAAAGGUUGUUGCUCCAACUGCUCUGAAUGAAAUGGGAAGCGUUCGAGGACACUCUCGUACUCUUCAAUUGUGUUUGUUUCUAACGGAAGGAAGUCACAAUUAUUUAAAAUAUCUCGAAACUCAAUGACCCAUCGUUGAAGCAGAACUUCAUUGUAAUGAUCUCUAAGUUCUAAUAGGAAGUCAAAUAAUUGAGUGACUGUGUAUCCAUGAUAUUUUAGUGUCGUUAUGCUGAGCAUUAUUAAAUUCUUAAUUCUUAAUAAAAUAUUUGGAUCUGUGCAUGAUGAGGAACUCAUGCUUAAGACAUUAAUUGCCUUGCCAAGAGAUGUAUUCCAUAGAUCUUCUAAAUAGCUUCUUGUUACAAUCUCUCCACUGCUUGUAUUCAUUACAUGAUCCUCAACAAUAAAGAAUCCAACAAUUGAGUAAAUGUACUUCUUAUAAGCAUCUAAAUUGUCAUGCAUAGCUUGAGGUGCUUGUAGGACGAGUUUUGCUUGAUCUUUUCGUUGCUUUUGAUAAUACUUUGCGAAAUAUUCCUUAUCAUCUAGUACUGUGUAAAUGUGCAGGCAUCGAUAAAUUGGAGAAAAGUCGAUAAGAUCUGCAGCACACAAUUCCUCAUCAUCCAUUGAAUAUUCUUCUGAUAUUUUAGCACUAUGUUCUUCAAGGACUGUCUUUAAAUUACGUUUUUGUGAUUCCUUCGUAUGCCUUAAAGCUCUUUCGCCAAUAAAAUGAGAAUAAUCCCUAACUUUUUGGAGAAAUUCACAAAAAUCAUCCAGUGACUUGAUCUCCUUCUUUAAUCUUGGAAUGUUUUCAAUUAUGGCUGUUGCAAAUCUAUAAUUUGCUACUUUUGGAAGAUGUUCCCUUUCAAGGACUUCGAGUGUCUUGAGUGCUGGAUAAUAUCGUUUUUCAUUAACUUGUUUCAUUAAUUUUGAAUAACAUUCCAGAACUGGCAUACAUAUUGAUAAUGUCUCAAUUGUGGAUGCAAUGUUACUUUCAACCUUUCUAGCUUCCAGUAACUCAUAUCCUUUUUUAAUUAAUCCUUGAUUUGCUUGAUUUAAUGCACUGUUUAAGCUGAUAACUUCUGUAUUUAAAUUAUUUGUUUGAGCUCUAACUUGCAAGAGUUCUCGAAUGCUAUCAAUGAAUCCCUGAUAAUCACGGCAUAUUCUCUCAAUUUCCUUAUCGUGAUGAACGAUUCUCUUUUCCAGAAUAGCUGAAUGUUGUUCACAAACUACCUCCAAUUUUGAAUCACUUUGUAAUAAUGUCCGAAAAGUACUUUGAUAAUUCUCUUCUACCGCUUCAAUCUCCUGAAUUAGUAUAUUUGUCGUCAUCACUCGAUUUAUUUCUCCAAGAUCCUUAAUUAAGAAAGAUUUUUUGUUGUGAAAACUGAUGUGUAAUCUGAUAAAUCUAAUGUGUAAAUA